UCAGACCCGUCAAAGCCCUCUCUCUAUAAAUAUUUCUCUCCAUCCCUUUCUUCUCCAAACCUCUGAUACAUAGAGAAGGGUACUUUCGUCAUUAGCAAACCAUUCUCUUCUCUCCUCCCUCUUGGUUGAAAAAAAUGGUGGAUUUGGAUUGGAAAGCGAAGAUGGUAUCGGCCGAGAUGUCAAAAUUAUCGCCGAAACUGUCAGAUAAAUCCGACCGUACCGUUUCCUCUCCCGCCCUUUCCGGCGAUUUAUUACCAUCUAGCCCUUCAGCCACCUUGGCUUACGAGCAAUACCUUCGCCUUCCAGAGCUCUCCAAGCUCUGCAGCUCCAGAGAGUUCACGGACUGGAAAUCGGAAGCGCUCCUCAAACCGGCGCUACAAGCCCUAGAGAUUACGUUCCGGUUCAUUUCGCUCGUUCUGUCCGAUCCGAGGCCGUACGCUAACCGGAACGAGCGGAAACGCCGGCUCGAAGCUCUGACCCUGCACCAGAUCGAGCUCAUCGCGGUCAUCUGCGAAGAAGAGGAAGAAAACAGUCAGCAUGGCAGCAUCCCGAUCGUCGAUCUAAGCAACUCCAACGGCCUGUUAUCCCGAGACAGAAGCUCGACGGAGGUGUGGAAACUCCCAGGUGAGUCGCUUUCGGUAGUCAGCCGGAUCAGCGAGGCGAGCCUGCUCCCGCGUCUUGCCACGUGGCAGAAAUCCGAGGACGUUGCCAGGAAGAUCUCGUUCGCGAUUGAGUGUCAGAUGCAGCGAUCACCGUUCACGCUCGGGUUGGGAGAGCCUAAUCUCGCUGGAAAACCGAACCUCGAUUACGAUCUUAUCUGUAAACCGUCCGAUCUCCAUGCCUUGAAAAAGCCCCUUAGAAAUCUCGAAAAUUAUGAAAAUGGGAUCCUUUUCACCGCUCACCAGAUCCUGGAGUCCUGGAUAUUCACAGCACGAGAGCUGCUGCGACGGAUCAGUGAUCGGAUAGACGGAAGCGAAUUCGAAAAGGCUGCGAGCGAUUGCUGGCUUUUGGAACGGAUCUGGAAGCUUCUAUCCGAAAUCGAAGAUCUCCACCUGCUGAUGGACCCGGACGAUUUUCUCCGCCUCAAAAACCAGCUCGCGAUCAAGGCCUCAAACGAAUCUGAAGCGUUUUGCUUCAGAUCAACGGCUCUGAUCGAACUGACGAGAUCGUCAAAGGAUCUGAAGCACAAGGUGCCGUCAAUCUUGGGUGUGGAGGUGGACCCAAAGGGUGGGCCAAGGGUGCAAGAGGCAGCGAUGAGGCUUUUCCAUGGAAAGGGCGAUGUAGGGAAGAUCCAUCUACUGCAGGCAUUCCAGGCGGUUGAAGUGGCAGUUAAGAGGUUUUUCUUCGGGUAUCGGCAGUUGGUGGUGGCGGUUAUGGGGAGCUUGGAAGCGAAGGGCAAUCGAGGGCUCGUCGCGUCGGAUGGAGAGGCAGAUGCGUUGGCGGAGAUGUUCAUGGAGCCUCCUUAUUUUCCAAGCUUGGAUGGCGCGAAGACGUUUUUGGGAGAGUUCUGGCAGAAUGGGAAUGGGAUUUCUAUUUCAAACGGAACGGAAAGACGGGGGCGGAAAAGGUUGUGAAGAGAAUAGCAUUUUACAGAGCACAAGAAAAAAAGAAACAUCAGUGAAUUUCGAUUUUCUUUUUUAGUGGAUCUCAUUCUGUUCUUGAAUUCUAUUCUUAUCUUGUAAUAUAUGAAUCGAUUACACUGUUUCAAUGAAAUAUUUUUAUGGAAACAA